ACUCGAAGUCCCGUCAUGCAGCGGGCGCACUCCGAGCCCCGUGGCCAGCCCCGCCCCUCCCCGGACCCGCCCCCGGGCCCGCCCCUCUCGCCCGCAGCCCCCUCCCGCCCGGUCAGCCCCGAAGAGUUGCCCGGUGGCCGCGGCAGACGGAAGCCGAGCGAGGGCCUCGGCAGCGGCAGGAUGGGGGACUCCAAAGUGAAAGUGGCCGUCCGGAUCCGGCCCAUGAACCGAAGAGAAAUUGACUUGCAUACCAAAUGUGUGGUGGAUGUAGAUGCAAACAAGGUUAUUCUUAAUCCUGUAAAUACUAAUCUUUCCAAAGGAGACACCCGAAGCCAGCCAAAGGUGUUUGCAUAUGAUCAUUGUUUCUGGUCUAUGGAUGAAUCUGUCAGAGAAAAGUAUUCAGGUCAAGAUGAUGUUUUCAGGUGCCUUGGGGAGAAUAUCCUUCAGAAUGCUUUUGACGGCUACAAUGCGUGUAUCUUUGCUUAUGGACAGACUGGAUCUGGAAAAUCUUACACCAUGAUGGGCACCGCGGACCAACCUGGAUUAAUCCCAAGACUUUGCAGUGGGCUCUUUGAACGAACCCAGAAAGAGGAAAAUGAAGAGCAGAGUUUUAAAGUAGAAGUGUCCUAUAUGGAAAUUUAUAAUGAAAAAGUUAGAGACCUUCUUGAUCCCAAAGGAAGCCGUCAAACAUUAAAAGUCAGAGAGCACAGUGUGUUGGGACCCUAUGUCGAUGGACUUUCUAAAUUGGCUGUCACAAGCUACAAGGAUAUUGAGUCUCUGAUGUCUGAGGGUAACAAGUCUCGUACCGUCGCUGCCACCAACAUGAACGAGGAGAGCAGCCGAUCCCACGCAGUCUUCAAAAUCACCCUCACACAUACUUUAUACGACGUGAGGUCUGGGACCUCUGGAGAGAAAGUGGGCAAACUGAGCUUGGUGGACUUGGCCGGCAGCGAGCGAGCCACGAAGACGGGGGCGGCGGGGGACCGGCUGAAGGAAGGGAGCAACAUCAACAAGUCCCUCACAACCCUCGGUCUGGUUAUCUCAGCCCUAGCGGAUCAGGGUGCUGGCAAAAACAAGAAUAAAUUUGUUCCAUAUCGUGACUCAGUUCUCACUUGGCUGCUCAAAGACAGUCUUGGGGGUAACAGCAAGACUGCCAUGGUAGCUACUGUGAGUCCGGCAGCCGACAACUAUGAUGAAACCCUUUCAACCCUGCGGUAUGCAGAUCGCGCCAAGCACAUUGUGAACCAUGCGGUGGUGAACGAGGAUCCCAACGCACGGAUUAUCCGGGAUCUCCGCGAAGAAGUAGAAAAGCUGCGUGAGCAGCUGACCAAAGCAGAGGCAAUGCAAUCUCCAGAGCUGAAAGACCGGCUAGAAGAAUCAGAGAAGCUCAUCCAGGAGAUGACUGUGACCUGGGAGGAGAAAUUGAGGAAAACCGAGGAGAUCGCUCAGGAGCGACAGAAACAGCUUGAGAGUCUUGGAAUAUCUCUUCAGUCUUCGGGAAUUAAAGUUGGGGAUGAUAAAUGUUUCCUUGUUAACCUGAAUGCUGAUCCUGCUCUGAAUGAACUCCUGGUUUACUACUUAAAGGAGCAUACAUUGAUAGGUUCAGCAAAUUCCCAAGAUAUCCAGCUGUGUGGAAUGGGAAUUCUUCCCGAACACUGUAUCAUAGACAUCACAGCGGAAGGCCAGGUUAUGCUGACUCCUCAGAAGAAUACCAGAACAUUUGUAAAUGGCUCUUCUGUAUCCAGUCCUAUUCAGCUGCACCACGGGGACAGGAUAUUAUGGGGAAACAACCACUUCUUCAGACUUAAUUUGCCUAAAAAGAAAAAGAAAGCAGAUCGAGAGGAUGAGGAGCAAGACACAUCCAUGAAGAAUGAUACCAGUUCUGAGCAGCUGGAUGUAGACGGAGACUCUUCCAGUGAGGUGUCCAGUGAGAUCAACUUCAAUUAUGAGUAUGCACAGAUGGAGGUAACCAUGAAGGCUCUGGGCAGUAAUGAUCCAAUGCAGUCCAUACUGAACAGCCUGGAACAGCAGCAUGAAGAGGAGAAACGGUCCGCGUUGGAGCGCCAGCGGCUCAUGUAUGAGCACGAGCUGGAGCAGCUGCGGCGGCGGCUGUCCCCGGAGAAGCAGAACUGCCGGAGCGCAGAUAGGUUUUCUUUCCACUCGCCCAGCGCUCAGCAGCGACUCAGACAGUGGGCCGAAGAGAGAGAAGCAACACUGAAUAAUAGCCUGAUGAGGUUGAGGGAACAGAUCGUCAAAGCCAAUCUGUUGGUGAGAGAAGCCAGUUACAUCGCAGAAGAGCUGGAUAAAAGAACAGAGUAUAAAGUAACCCUACAGAUUCCAGCCUCCAGCCUCGAUGCCAACAGGAAGCGAGGCUCUCUCCUUAGUGAACCUGCAAUCCAGGUGAGAAGAAAAGGGAAAGGAAAGCAGAUUUGGUCUUUGGAAAAACUGGACAACAGAUUGUUGGAUAUGAGAGACCUUUAUCAGGAGUGGAAGGAGUGUGAAGAAGAUACCCCAGUGAUCCGGUCUUACUUCAAGCGUGCAGAUCCGUUCUUUGAUGAGCAGGAAAACCACAGUCUCAUCGGGGUGGCUAAUGUCUUCCUUGAGUCCCUCUUCUAUGAUGUGAAGCUACAGUAUGCCGUUCCAAUCGUCAACCAGAAGGGAGAGGUGGCAGGCCGGCUGCACGUGGAGGUGAUGCGUAUCAGCGGGGACAUAGGGGAAAGAAUUGCUGGAGGUGACGAUGCCGCCGAUGUCUCCUUUGAGAAGGAGACGCAGGACAACAAGCUUGUAUGCAUGGUUAAAAUACUCCAAGCUACUGGAUUGCCACAGCAUCUGUCCCACUUCGUGUUCUGCAAAUAUGACUUCUGGGAUCAGCAGGAGCCAGUAAUUGUCGCACCUGAGGUGGACACUUCAUCCUCUCCUGUCAGCAAGGAGCCGCAAUGCAUGGUUGUCUUUGAUCAUUGUAACGAGUUUUCUGUUAGCAUCACUGAAGACUUUAUCGAGCAUCUUUCGGAAGGGGCAUUGGCAAUUGAAGUCUAUGGCCAUAAGAUGAACGAUCCUCGGAAAAACCCAGCCCUAUGGGAUUUGGGGAUUAUCCAGGCAAAAACACGGAGUCUUCGGGAUAGAUGGAGCGAAGUCACCAGGAAAGUGGAAUUCUGGGUUCAAAUCUUGGAACAGAACGAGAAUGGUGAAUACUGCCCCGUAGAGGUAAUUUCUGCAAAGGACGUGCCAACGGGAGGAAUCUUCCAACUCCGGCAGGGGCAGUCCCGGCGAGUCCAAGUAGAAGUGAAGUCUGUGCAGGAAUCUGGGACUUUACCGCUGAUGGAAGAAUGUAUAUUGUCUGUUGGCAUUGGAUGUGUAAAAGUCAGAGCUCCUAGAUCGCCCAAGACUCAUGAGACCUUCCAUGAGGAAGAGGAGGACAUGGACAGCUACCAGGAUCGGGAUUUAGAGAGACUACGUAGAAAAUGGCUAAAUGCGUUAACAAAACGUCAGGAGUACUUAGACCAACAGCUGCAGAAGCUUGUCAGUAAACAUGAUAAGACAGAGGAUGACGCUGACCGAGAAGCUCAGCUUCUGGAGAUGAGGUUGACUCUGACGGAGGAGAGGAACGCAGUCAUGGUCCCCUCUGCUGGCAGUGGGAUCCCAGGGGCCCCCGCGGAGUGGACCCCGGUUCCUGGGAUGGAAACGCACAUUCCUGUUAUCUUCCUUGACCUAAAUGCUGAUGAUUUCAGCUCCCAGGAUAACCUUGAUGACCCAGAAGCCGGUGGAUGGGAUGCUACCCUGACUGGGGAAGAAGAGGACGAGUUCUUUGAACUGCAGAUUGUCAGACAGCACGACGGAGAGGUAAAAGCAGAAGCCUCCUGGGACUCUGCGGUGCACAGCUGCCCGCAGCUCAGUAAGGGCACGCCCGCGGACGAGCGCGUGUUCCUGAUCGUGCGGGUGACGGUCCAGCUCAGCCACCCGGCCGACAUGCAGUUGGUGUUACGCAAACGCAUUUGUGUCAACGUUCAUGGCCGGCAGGGUUUUGCUCAGAGUUUCCUGAAAAAGAUGUCGCAUCGAAGUUCUAUUCCAGGCUGUGGAGUGACUUUUGAAAUUGUCUCCAAUAUUCCAGAGGAUGCCCAGGGAGUAGAGGAACGAGAAACAUUAGCAAGAAUGGCAGCUAAUGUUGAAAACACGGCUUCUGCCGACUCAGAGGCUUACAUUGAGAAAUACCUCAGGAGCGUGCUGGCGGUGGAGAACCUUCUCACUUUGGAUCGUCUUCGCCAGGAGGUCGCCGUGAAGGAACAGCUGACGGGAAGAGGGAAGCUGGGCAGGAGGAGUCUUAGCUCUCCGAAUGUGAACAGGUUGUCUGGCAGCCGACAGGAUCUUAUUCCAUCGUACAGUCUAGGUAGCAACAAGGGCCGGUGGGAAAGUCAGCAGGAUGUAUCGCAAACUGGAGUUUCUAGAGGAAUAGCUCCGGCUGCCCCUUCCCUCCCUGGUUCUCCGCAAAAUAACCAUUCUCCCGAUCCGGGACUUGGUAGCCUCGCCGCCUCCUACUUGAACCCAGUAAGAUCCUUUGUGCCACAGAUGCCGAAGCUGCUGAAGUCUCUCUUCCCCGUCCGCGACGAGAAAAGGGGCAAGCAGCCGUCCGCCCGUGUGCAUCAGCCCGUGCCCCGGAUCACCGUGCAGUCUGCCCUCCCGGAAGUCCGGGCGCCCAGGAUGGCGGAGGCUCGGCGAGAGAGCGCGGGGCUGCGCGUGGCCCCCGCCCCAGCCAUGCCGGCCGCCCCCGCCCCCGCAGCCAAGACCUGUGAUGGGCCCCCGAGAGCGGCGCCCGGCUCCCCGGGCCCCGAAGGUGCAGACGGGCCNCCCAGCCCCCUGAGCGAAGCGUCCAGCGGCUACUUCUCGCACAGCGUCUCCAGCGCCACCCUGUCCGAUGCCUGCGGCCCUGGCCUGGAUGCUACAGCCUCGCCCCCUCCCGGGCCCUGCCCGGCCGCCCCUGAGCCCAAGCCCCUGGCCUCACCGGCUGCCCAGUUCCCAUCGCUGCCCGACCCUGCAGAGCAGACAGCCCCAGGCGACGGCGUGGCCGCGGCCCAGGAAGGGGCUUCUGCGGAGAAGCGGGACGGAGCAGCAGCCACGUGCCCGCAGGGCCAGCAGAGCUGGGGCGCCGGUGCCUCUGUCCUCCAGCAGCCGGAAAGCCCCCAGCCCCAGGCGAAGGCAGCCGCCAGCUCAGAGCCCGACGUCUCCAAGCCACAGCUGCCCCCUGACGCCCGGCCCCUGCCACCCGCUCCGGCGUCUCCGUUCAGGAUCCAUAAGGUGCGGACCUCUGAGCUGAAGUCGUUCACACGCAUGCUCGGUGGGGACCCCGGCGGCCCCUCGGGGACCGAGGAGGACCCGCUGGCCUCAGGAGGCCUGGGCAACGGCAGCGCUGGGGGACAGGCCCUGGGAAAGCUGGAAGUUUCCUCGGAUUCUGAAGAAGCCAGUGAAGUUCCAGAAUGGCUCAAAGAGGGAGAGUAUGUUACAGUGGGCACCAACAAGACGGGCAUCGUGAGAUACGUGGGGCCCACCGACUUUCAGGAGGGCACGUGGGUCGGAGUGGAGCUGGACUUACCUUCAGGUGAGUGGCGCUUGUCUGGGCCAGUUCCUGGCACCUGAGGUGGCUCACUGUGCCCACGGUGGUCAGGCAGACGAGCGUCAGACCUGCCCAGGCUGCCAAGCACCUGCUCUCUGCUCUUGCUCACGUUAUUGACCUCACUGGUCCCCUGCCUCCACCACUUUUCAGAGUCAGGAAUUUUCCCUGGAUAAGAGUUUCCUAAGCAUUUUAAGAGUCAGAUUCUCUUUUUUUUUAACCUGAAGAAAUUUCUCAGAAACCUAAGACAUUAAUUGAAAGCUAGUAAUGAACGUAAAUGCUGGUUUGUAUUUUUUAAGUCACAGGAGCCUCUGCAUUUGAACUGUCACAGCAGCUCUGCUGGAAUUACAAACACUGAUGCCCCUGCGGGGAGGCUCAGAUGUGUCGGGUGUUUCUAAGACAGCCCGGGGUGGAGGACAGAAGGCGGCAGGCUGAUCUAAGAGCUGUUGGGGCUUGCAGUCUCCUUCUAGAAUGGCUCACCUUCAAGGGAGGAGAUCACCUUUUUCAGAAAAACUGAGGGCAGGACUUAAGGAAAUACUUUGUCCUGCAGUGUUUUUGUUUUUUGUUUUUUUUAAAUUGAGGUAUAGUUGAUUUGCAGUGUUAGUUUCAGGUGUACAACAUAGUGAUUCAAAAUUUUUAUAGAUUAUACUCCAUUUAAAGUUACUGGACAAAGCUGGUUAUAUUCCCUGUGCUGUGGAACGUAUCCUUGUAGCUUAUUUAUUUUAUUCAUGGUAGUUUGUACCUUAGUCCUCUACCCCAUCUUGCCCCUCCCCCUUCCCUCUUCCCACUGGUAACCACUGGUUUGUUCUUUAUAUCUGUGAGUCUGGUUUUGUUGUAUUUACUAGUU